GAAUGAUUGAUUUGUCAGUAGUCAGUCUCAGAAUAUGUUCGAGUUCUAAAAGUCUACAAUUUCUAAAAAUAUGAAUCAAAUUAAAUUUGUUUACGCAUUGCUAAUGCAUGCAGUAUUGUUUGGAUCGAUUUGGGUCAUUUACUUUCAAUCAAGGGUCAUUGGAUGGUUUGAGGACGCGGCUCAACCACCACAGAAAUAUCGAGCACCAGCAAACCGUCUGGUGGUUUUUGUCCUCGACGGUCUGCAGGCAACAGACUUUUUCGAAAAUGGCUGCAACAAUGUUCCCCAUCUGCGGCAGCUCUUUCUUCAUCAAGGAUUGGUGGGGAUAAUUCGCAUGCCAGCUCCUCCCAUUGACAGAAGAGCCGCACAUAUUUCCAUUUUUGCUGGAUUCCAAGGGGAUCGAAGUGCUUCAUUUGAUUCUGUUUUCAAUCAUUCCACGCGAAGCUAUGCCUGGUCAUCUCAGAUUCUAGAGUACUUCCCUAACCUUUAUCAUAUCAAAAUCGACAAUUCUAUUGAAAAGGGAAAGAUACGUACUUUCAAGCAGGACGAAGCGGUUUUCCAGUCUCUAAAACAAUGUUUAUUGAACGGAUCACAAUUUUUGGAUAAGGAUGAUGCUAUCAUUUAUUUGGUGCAUCUUCAAGGACUACAAUUGGCCGGAAAAGUGGAAUCCUUUCAGGAAAAUCUCAACUAUACGGAACGAGACAUAUGGAAAACCUAUCACCGAUUCGAAAUGGUGUUCCCAGAUCACCGCACAGCCUAUCUUUUGGUCUCGCAUUCUGGAAAAACAACUAAAAAAUUGAGGAUGGAAACGCCAGUCUUUCUAUGGGGUUCUGGUGUUAGUCAUACUAAAUCCAUGCCGGGACCCAGCUUUAGGGCCCUGGAUCAGGUCAGACCACUCCACAGUUUUCAUUAUAUUCAAUUAACACCUCUGAUGAGCGCUAUGCUUGGAAUUCCGACGCCAUUUAACAAUCUGGGAACCCUUCCCUCAGGUGUCCUCAAUUCUAGCAACCAUUAUGAAGCAUAUGCCAUGUGGAUGAACUCUCUUCAACUCCUUGCCCAGGCCAAAAAUUUGCUUAGGCUACAUAAUCGUGGCCUGCUAAGCGGUUUUCUUCCAAAGUUUUGGUUAACUCUCGAUAUGAUGGAUAAUUUUGAAUCAACUUGUCGUCUAUUGAGCCUCCAAAAACGAUUUAAAACUUUACGGGAAUACAGCGCCAACUUUAUGCCUUCUCUACUCAAAUGCAUUGACUACUAUCAGGUCUAUUACCAAGGAAUUAUGAUUGUUGCCACUGCAUUUGGGAUUCUUGGAUGGUUGUAUUAUUUGCAUUGUCAGCUCGAAUCAAACUCUACAAAUUUUCCUGGGCAAACAUCAAGUAUAUGCUUUCUAUUAUUGACGAUUAUUGUUCUUCUAAUGAGCACAUUUAUAUUUGCAUUCGUGCUGCUUCAGAGAAUACCUUGGAUAGUGGCUUACGUUCUCCUGUUGCCGGCUUUCAUAUGGUUACUGGUACUAAGGAUACAUAACAGUAGUGUGAAAUCUCAUAUAUCCCGUAAGGAGCUCAUGUUGCCUAUUGUUCUGUCUAUGUGUUGUGUGCUUGGAUUCAAUCGUCGCCAUUUUCUUGGUAUUUUUUACAUGGGCUUUGCAUUCUAUAAUAAUCGUCACGCAUUUCGUUUCGGGUGGCGGAACGUGAAUUUUUAUUUGUGGCUAUUCUUGGUCUGUGGUUUAGCGGGAAUCACGUGGUGUCCUUCAUCUCUGGGUAGCGUUCACCGUAACCUGUUGCUGGCCAGUAUUCCACUGACAUUUCUUCGGCCGUUUGCAUUCGGAAUAAUUCAUAGGCGGAAUAUCUUGAUCAGCAAUGGCCUAAUUUUGACGGCUGCUUUCAUACACAUUCAAUAUAAACCAACUGGCGCUUGGAUUAUGAACGUUAUAUCCUGGAGUUAUCUAUGUGUCGUAUUCAUUCGACAACCACAAAAUAGUAUCGAAUUAAUCUUUAAUCUCAGCACCCUCUACACGUUGCUUUGCACAUCGUAUGAGACAUUGGUUAUCCAAAUGUUAGCCACAGAACUGAAUCUUGGCUUGAAGCUAAAGCUUAAGAGUCAAGCCCAAAUCAGUGAGAAGACCAUUUCGAUAUACAUUUUGAUUUAUGGCUGUUUUUCGUUUCUCGCCGUUGGAAAUAUUUCCGAUGUAGAAUAUUUUCAGAAAUCUUUGGAGUACACCUGCUUUGGAGACCAUUCAAUUCUCCUGCCUCUAAUAACUGGUAUUAAGCUGUUGUUGCCGUCAUUUCUGUUACUCUGUGUUAUGGGUAAGAAUUGCCGCAGUGUUCUUAAUGUAACAGUUGGACAGAAAGUUUUUAAUUGGCUGUUAUUCAUGUGUAGUACUAUGGUCUUGCUACAUUUUAUCUGGAUUCGCAAUCAACGCUCUUGGCAUGAAGUUUCAUUUAAUGUUCAGCUAAUUUUAAUUAUACAAAUUUUUCCAUUUCUUGUCGAACUAGAGCGUAGUCUAGCUCGAUUCAAGUUCGGCACUAGAAAUCAUCUGGAAUUACCCAAUUGUAAACAUAUUUCAAUAAAUAUUUUAUAACGAUUUA